UUUUUCCUCUCAGUCUCUCUCACUAUGUAUUUCUUCCGAUUAAAGUGUGCUUUCCUCCAUUGAGUCUUUUCUUCUCAAUCGUCUCCAAUGGCGGCUUCUUCUUCUUCUUCUUCUGGUAUCAGAAGAUACGACGUUUUCCCAAGCUUUCGUGGAGAAGACGUCCGUGAAUCAUUCCUCAGCCAUCUUCUCAAAGAGCUUAAGAGCAAAACAAUCACAUUCAUAGAUGAUGAGAUCGAGAGGAGCCGCCUAAUCGGACCGGAGCUUUUAACGGCAAUACAAGAAUCGAGGAUCGCAAUCGUCGUCUUCUCUAAGAACUACGCUUCAUCCACAUGGUGUCUCAAUGAAUUGGUGGAGAUCCACAAGUGUUAUAAGAAUUUGAAUCUUAUGGUGAUUCCGAUCUUCUUCCAUGUUGAUCCUUCGGAAGUUCGAAAACAGACCGGUGAAUUUGGCGAUGCUUUUGAGAGAACCUGCGAGGGGAAAUCAGAGGAGGGGAUUCAAAGUUGGAAACAAGCUCUAGCUGAUGUUGCAAGUAUGGCUGGAGAGGAUCUUAGGAACUGGCCUAAUGAAGCAGCCAUGAUUGAAAAGGUAACAAAUGAUGUUUUGAAAAAGAGUAUGACAGCAUCUGAUGAUGAUUUUGGGGACUUAGUGGGGAUUGAAGAUCAUUUAGAGGUAUUGAAUUCAUUGUUGUGUUUGGAAUCUGAGGAUGCUAGAGUUGUAGGGAUUUUAGGGACUUCAGGGAUUGGUAAGACUACUAUUGCAAGAGCUUUAUACAGUCAACUCUCUAGUCAAUUCCAUCUUAAGGCUUUUGAAGCUUGUAGGAGAACUAUAGGAGAUGAAUAUAGCCAGAAGUUGUAUUGGGAGGAACAACUUCUGUCAAAAAUAUUGGGUGAAAAGGAUUUAAAGAUAGAGAGAGUAGGUGCGGUGAAAGAAAGGUUAAAGGAGAAGAAAGUUCUUAUUGUUCUUGAUGAUGUUGAUGAUCUAGAGCUAUUAAAGACCUUGGUGGGACAAACUGGAUGGUUCGGAUCCGGGAGUAGAGUUAUUGUUAUUACUCAAGAUAGGCGAAUUCUCGAGGCUCAUAAGAUUAAACUUAUACAUGAGGUGGAGUUCCCGUCUGAACUUCUUGCUCUUAAGAUAUUUUGCCGAUCUGCUUUUGCGCAAGACUUCCCACCCGAUGGUUUUAUGGAUGUCGCAGUUGAAGUAGCCGAGCUUGCUGGUAGUCUUCCUUUGGGUCUCAGUGUCCUUGGUUCGUCUUUAAAAGGAAGGGACAAAGAUGAGUGGAUGAAGAUGCUGCCUAUGCUCCGAAAUGGUUUGGACGGAAAAAUUGAGAAAACAUUAAGAGUCAGCUACGAUAGGUUGGAUAGAAAAGAGAGAGACUUGUUUCUUUUCAUUGCUUGUCUAUUCAAUGGUGACCAAGUUUGUUACAUCAAUGACUUACUCAAAGAUAGUGCUGACAUUAGGCUUACAAUGUUGGCUAAAAAGUCCCUCAUACGUAUAACAACACAGCGGCCUGAAACUGUAGUGAUGCACAAUUUGCUACAAAAGUUGGGUAGAGAAAUUGUUCGUGCAGAGUCCGAUAGCCCUGAAAGACGUCGAUUUCUGGUGGAUAUUGAGGAUAUCCGAGAUGUACUAAUCGAUAACGAUGAUACAGGCAUGCAAACUGUGCUCGGGAUAUAUCUGGACGCAUCAUAUACCUCAGAAUCAUUUUCAAUAAAUGAUGAAGCGUUCAAAUGCGUGCGCAGUCUCCAAUUUCUGAUAGUUUCUGAUUAUCGCUUGUGGCCAGAAAAUAUAGGAGGCGAAUGGCUAAUACCUAUAGAUGUGGAUGUAUAUGAAGAUGGACGAAUUACUUUUGCCGGUGAUCGGGAUCCCAAAUGGAUACAGUUGGGGACUCAAGGCAGAUUGGAUCUACCAAAAAGACUCGUUUAUUUGCCCCCUAAACUCAAAUUGCUAAGGUGGAAUAACUGUCCAUUGAAUUGUUUGCCUAGUAGUUUUAAGGCGGCUAAUCUGGUUGAACUCACAUUGGAGUACAGUAACCUUGAGAAGCUGUGGGAAGAAACUCCGCAACUUGGAAGGCUCAAGAGGAUGAAUAUGCGUGGUUCCAAAUAUUUGAAAGAACUUCCAGAUCUUUCGAAUGCCAUAAAUCUCGAGGAACUGAUUCUUAUUGAAUGCUCGUCUUUGAUGACACUUCCUUCUUCAAUUCAGAAUGUUACUAAACUGACGGAAUUAUAUAUGAUGGGUUGCACAAAGCUUGAGAAGCUAUGGAAAGGCGUCCAGUCGCUGGGAAGUCUUCUGGUGAUGGAUCUAUCAGGAUGUGAAAACCUGACAGAGAUUCCAGAUCUUUCAAAGGCCACCAAUUUGGAGAUUUUGAAACUCUACAAUUGCAAAAGUUUGGUGACGUUACCUUAUACAAUUGGGAAUCUCAAAAAAUUGAUGAAGUUGGAAAUGAAAGGAUGCACAGGGCUGGAGGUUCUUCCAACCAAUGUCAACUUGUCAUCUCUUAAAAUCCUCGAUCUCAGUGGCUGCUCAAGUUUGAGAACUUUUCCUCUGAUUUCAUUUAGUAUCGAAUGUCUCUAUCUAGAAAACACUGCCAUAGUAGAAGUUCCCCCUUGGAUUGAGCAUUUCUCGAGGCUCAAUGUACUAAUGAUGUAUUGUUGCAAGAGGUUGAAAUACAUCUCCCCAAACAUAUUCAGCAUGAAAAGUCUAAUGUUCGUCGACUUUGCAGACUGUAGAGAUGCCAUCCUGGCGUUCGGUGAUGCCAGUGAGGAAGAUUACCCUUCUUCUAUAUCAUUAUAUGAAAACAUUGAAUAUACACCACGGCGUAAGCUUUUCCGGCAUGAGAUGGGUACAAAUUGGUACAGGUUACCCUUACACGGGGAAUAUUUUAGCUUCCAGAACUGCUUCAAAUUGGAAGGAGACGUGCGAGAAGCCAUCCUAGGAAGAUGCUUUAAGCCUGUGGCCAUACCAGGUGAAGAAGUGCCCACGUAUUUCCAACAUCGAGCUUAUGGAGAUUCCCUAAACGUCACUUUACCUCAGAGCUUUCUUUCUCAAGAGUUAUUGGGAUUUAAGGCUUGCAUCUUGGUUGACUUUCCGACCGAGGACACAGAUUGGUGUCCAUACGUGGAGGUAAAAAUUGGCUUCAAUGGCAGAAUGUUUAGGGAAUCAUUUUUUGAAGAUGGAGCAGAACUGCAGUUGUGUAAGAUGGAUCAUCUGUUUUCUUUUUCCUUCUAUGUCCGGCCUAAAAAUCUUCCAUCUAAAUCGGCUUCCAAUGAUGUGGAGUUCAAGUUUUCUUGCCUCAAUACCAUAAAAGAAUGCGGUGUCCGACUCUUAAAAGUGGCUCCAUAGCUAGAAGAUAGUGAUGAAAGAGACUGGGGAGAAGCAAGAAGCAGAAGCGAAUGCAGAAUUGUAGGAGAGAUUUCGGAGAGCCAAAAUCCGUUUUGUUCUCCAACUUUGAAGCCUGAAAAGUGUUUGUAGUUUCUUCUUUAGCUGAAUGCAGAAACACUCUAUGUUUGAUUUCAAAAUAAAUGUUUCAAAAGCCACAUUUAAGCA